UGGCAGUCCUGCAAUAGGAUUAACACUGUCAAAUUCUAACUCAAAAUGUCAAUCCGAAUAAAACUUGUAAAACAAUGUAAAACAUAGAAUUUAUUGAAAAAUGGCAACACAAAAGCCUGGAGAAUGGGCUAACACAUUAAUUGUACGAUUUGAAGAGCAGUUGCCAUGCAGAAUUGGACCACAAACAACUCAUUCUCGAAUAAAUGAAGAACAAAACAAAAAUUGUAUCAUCCAAAUAUCACGGUACAGGUUUGCAUUAGUUUUAGACGGAUUUGUCAGGGUUCUGAAGAGAAUUCACGAACUUAAUCAAGCUGGGACUUGCGGGGCUCCAAGACACGGUCCGGAGUUGGAAAAGAAUUAUUAUGAUAGCUUAGUGAUUGUUCUGGACACAUUGGAAAAAUGUUUCAGCAUCCAACCCAAAGACUCAAUUACACUCACUAUGGAAGAAACACAAAAUUUAAAAUGUUUGCUAAAGGAAAUAUGUGGUUUUUUAGAUAUGCCCAGUGACAACACAAACACCAAUGCCAUUAAAGUUUUAGCAAGUAAAGUUUUGUUUGCUUUGAGUGUGAAUUUUUUUAAUGCAGUAUUUAAUCGAAUCUCAUCGAAAUUACAAGAACUCGCAUCUUGUCCAGAUGAAAAUCCGGAUUACAGUGAUAUUGAAUUGAUCCAGCACAUAAAUGUUGAUGUGAACAGGCUUACGAGACUGCUGACUGAAGCAAUCCAAAAAUUUCGGCUGUUGAAGAAGUCGGCUCAUUUGGUGCUGGUCAAUUCAUUGGAGAAGGCAAUCUGGAAUUGGAUGGACACGUAUCCAUAUGAAUUUGCGGAGCUCCAGAAGAACCCGAACGAAGAGCUAUCGAAAUGUUGCGAACAGUUGUUUGAUAUAUUGGAUACGAUUGCUGAUAACAAGAAGGGACGGGUUGCUGUUUGGUCACUUCAAAUCAUGUUAUUAAUUUUAGCACCUAAUGUCCUCGAAGAAAUAGUAAAUGCGGACAGUGGUGCACCAUGUUCCCCACGACAUUCUAAAAAGAAGCAAUUCAUCGACUCCAUAAAACGAGGAGUCGGGCCUCAUGGUAAUUCUAGUAAGCAACUAACAGAAGCUGCCGCCGUAACUUGUGUAAAAUUAUGUAAAGCAUCCACUUUCAUCAACAUCUUAGACUCUAAUAAUGUCACUUUCACCUUGGUGCAAUCCAUUAUCAAUGAUCUAAAAACUUUGCUCUUCAAUCCCAACAAACCAUUUUCACGAGGUCAAAGUUUCCUUUACCAUGACACGGAUUUAAUGAUUGAUUGUUUCGUUUCUGUUUUCCGUAUAAAACCUCAUGACAAUGAGGCUCUGAAAGUUUGUCUAAAUUUGAACUCGCUACCUAGUUAUCAUCUUGUGUUAGUUAGAUCAUUGUACAAGUAAGUGUUUAGAGGCUCAGUAAAUUAUGUGCGCCUAUACGGUUUUAACGUUUUUAGAAUUGUAACUCAAGCAAGACUGCACUGGUGGCCGCAAAUUGAUCUCGUAUAUAAUAAAUCAUCUGAACUCAGGGCAAUGUUCACAGAUACAUUGAAUAAAGUUUCUCAAGGUUACAUACAACAUACACCACUUAGGAUAAUUAUGACGUUAAAAAAGGACUCUCAACAAAAGUUUAAGGAGAGACCUGAAGAAGUACCUGGUUAUCGUAAUUUGUUGCUCUACAUGGUUAGGUUAAUUCACGCCGAUCCUAUGUUAAUGUUAAAUAAUCAAGAGAAAACAGGCCAUGAAAUACAGAGCUCCACAUUGGAGCUGAUAAAUGGUUUGGUUUCCCUUGUACAUCAACCAACAAUGCCUGAUGUGGCCCAGGAGGCCAUGGAGGCAUUGUUGGUGUUGCACCAUCCCGAGAAGAUCGAGAUGUGGAAUCCCGAGUCUCCCAUCAACACAUUCUGGGAUGUCAGCUCACAAGUUUUGUUUUCCAUUUCUCAAAAGUUAAUCCAACACCAAAUAGUUAACUAUACCGAUAUUCUAAAGUGGCUUAGGGAAAUUCUAAUAUGCCGCAAUGCCUUUUUGUCCCGGCAUAAGGAGUAUGCUAAUAUAGGGAGCCAGAUUGCCAUCUGCAAACAGGCUCACAUUAAAUUAGAGGUUGUCUUUUUCAUGUACUUGUGGAGUAUAGACAUGGACGCGGUGCUGGUGGCGAUGAGCUGUUUUGCCCUGCUGUGUCAGGAGGCCGAAAUCCGAUGCGGCUCGGACGAGGUCACCGUCACCUACCUAGUACCGAACUACCACGUCUACCAAGAACUCGCGCAAGCGUCCACCGUGCUGACCACAGCUAGCGGGGAAUCACGCAUGUGUUUCCCGGAUCAUGGGAACGGCAGGGCCGCCUUACAAAAGCGAAUAAUGGCACUGCUAAGAAAGAUCGAGCAUUGCGUGAACGGGGUACAACCAGCUUGGGAGGAAACUUUCAUGAACAACUGGAACCACAUCUGCAAAAAUUUAUCAUCGUACCCCAAGGCAAAAAUCGAAGACGGCCAGGCCGAACCAUUCCAUCGAUCCACCAUCGUCGGCAAGAGGCGAGCCUCCCAUCAGAACUCCGAACAUGAAUUAGAGGAACAAAUAAACGAGUGGGCCAAUAUGACUGGGUUUUUAUGCGCUUUGGGCGGCGUGUGUUUAUCAAGGAAAUCACCGUCACGCCCCCCUCUAUCAGCCUCAUCGCAUUCUAGUUUAUCAUCCAUCACGUUGAACUCCAUCGGGAGCUCAUCCUCGUUUACUGAUAGCAGGAAGUCUGCUAGCAUUUUAACUUCGUCCUCCCAGGAAUCUCGACAGUACUGUCCGGUAACGCAGUUCGUGGAUUUACUCCUUCGUUUACUUGUCUGUAACAACGAAAAAUUUGGUGCUCAAAUACAAAAACAUGUCAAAGAAUUGGUGGGCCACCAAAUGUCUUCCGCCCUCUAUCCGAUUCUGUUCGAACAAAUCAAAACGAUAGUCGAUAAGUUUUUCGAUCAGCAAGGUCAAGUGGUCGUGUCCGAACUGAACACGCAGUUCAUCGAGCACAUCAUCUUCAUAAUGAAGAAUAUAUUGGACAGCAGCAAAAACGACCAACCGUCCGAACAUCUCAGCGUCACCAGCAUCGAGGGCAUGAUGCUGGCCAUCGUGCGCUACGUCCGCCACCUGGACAUGACCGUGCACGCCAUCCACAUAAAAACGAAACUCUGCCAGCUGGUCGAGGCGAUGAUGAAGCGUCGCGACGACCUGGCCUUCCGCCAGGAGAUGAAGUUCCGCAACAAGCUGGUGGAAUACCUAACCGACUGGGUGAUGGGCACGUCCCAUCAGAUCGCGCCGCCCAGCUCGGGCGACGUCACAGUCAUCACCAGGGACUUGGAUCAGGCCUGCAUGGAGGCGGUCGCCGCCCUGUUACGUGGACUGCCGCUACAGCCCGAAGAGUCCGACAGGGGCGAUCUGAUGGAGGCCAAGAGUCAGCUGUUUUUGAAAUACUUCACGUUGUUCAUGAACUUGCUGAACGACUGUUCGGACGCGCCUGAGGUCGAGAAGGAUGUGAACAGGCAAAGGCUGAACGCCGGCAAGUUGAGCACCCUCAGGAACGCCACCAUACAGGCCAUGUCCAAUUUGUUGUCGGCUAACAUUGACAGUGGAUUAAUGCAUUCCAUAGACUUAGGGUAUAAUAAAGAUCUACAAACUAGGGCGGCGUUCAUGGAGGUGCUGACGAAAAUCUUGCAGCAAGGGACCGAGUUUGAUACGUUGGCGGAAACGGUGCUGGCCGACAGAUUUGAGCAGCUGGUGCAGCUAGUUACCAUGAUCAGUGACAAGGGGGAGCUCCCCAUAGCUGUGGCUCUCGCCAACGUCGUCACCACAUCUCAGAUGGACGAGUUGGCGAGGGUGUUUGUCACGUUAUUUGAUGCCAAGCAUUUGCUGUCUCCACUAUUGUGGAACAUGUUCUACCGAGAGGUGGAAGUGUCUGAUUGCAUGCAGACUUUGUUCAGGGGUAAUUCACUGGGGAGUAAAAUAAUGGCUUUCUGUUUCAAGAUAUACGGCGCUAGUUAUCUGCAAACGCUGUUAGAGCCUUUAAUUAGGCCGCUUUUAGAUGAUACUAAUGUUAGUUUUGAAGUAGAUCCAGCUAGGCUGGAACCCAAUGAAGAUAUCGAGGAAAAUCGUCAAAAUUUGAUUGAACUCACCCAACGCGUCUUCGAUGCUAUCGUGAAUUCAGCCGACAAGUUUCCUCCACAGCUUCGAUCUAUGUGUCAUUGUUUGUAUCAAGUAUUAAGUAAGAGAUUUCCACAGUUUCCUCAAAAUAAUAUUGGUGCAGUAGGCACUGUAAUUUUUCUACGUUUUAUCAAUCCCGCUAUUGUAUCCCCUCAGGAGAUGGGCAUCGUUUCGAAACAAGUGCCCACGUCUAUCAAGAGGGGUUUGAUGUUAAUGUCUAAAAUUCUUCAGAAUAUAGCUAAUCACGUAGAAUUUAGUAAGGAGCAACACAUGCUCUCUUUUAACGACUAUUUGAAGGCCAACUUUGAAAUUGGUCGAAGAUUUUUUAUCCAAAUUGCAUCUGAUUGUGAAACUGUUGAUCAGGCGUCGCAUUCCAUGUCGUUCAUUAGCGAUGCCAAUGUCCUGGCCUUGCACAGGUUGUUGUGGAAUCAUCAGGUCAAAAUUGGAGACUAUCUCUCCAGCAGUAGAGAUCAUAAAGCUGUGGGGAGAAGGCCUUUUGAUAAGAUGGCCACUUUACUCGCAUACUUGGGGCCUCCCGAACACAAACCAGUCGACUCUCAUUUGUUGUUCUCUACGUAUGCCCGGUGGAGUUCCAUCGACAUGUCUUCAACAAAUUUCGAGGAUUUAAUGGUGAAACACAACAUGCACGAGAAGGAGGAGUUUAAGACCAUCAAAUCCUUGAAUAUUUUCUAUCAGGCUGGCACCAGCAAGAACGGAUUUCCUGUCUUCUAUUACAUUGCCCGAAGAUACAAACUGGGGGAGACAAACGGCGACUUACUCAUUUACCAUGUUAUAUUAACAUUGAAGCCUUUUUGCCAAACACCAUUUGAGUUAGUAGUAGAUUUUACACAUACGUGUUCCGAAAAUAGAUUUAGGACGGAAUUUUUACAAAAAUGGCUUUACGUUCUGCCGGAGGUCGCGUACGACAACAUAUUCGCCGCGUACGUUUACAAUUGCAACAGUUGGGUGCGGGAGUACACCAAGUUCCACGACCGCAUUUUGGCCCCGUUGAAGGGCAAUCGAAAAUUGAUAUUCAUCGAUGCGCCUAACAAGCUCAACGAGUUCAUCGAGCCGGAACAGCAGAAACUGCCCGGUGCCACGUUAAGUCUGGACGAAGAUUUGAAGGUGUUCAACAACGCGCUGAAACUGUCGCAUAAAGAUACAAAAGUAGCAAUAAAAGUGGGACCAACGGCUAUACAGAUCACCUCGUCCGAAAAAACGAAAGUAUUAUCGCACUCGGUGCUGCUGAACGACGUGUACUACGCUUCGGAAAUUGAGGAGGUGUGUCUGGUUGACGAUAACCAGUUCACAUUGACCAUAGCCAAUGAAAGUGGCCCGUUAAGUUUCAUACAUAACGAUUGUGAUAGUAUUGUACAAGCUGUUAUACACAUACGCAAUAGAUGGGAGCUGAGCCAACCUGACUCGGUAACCGUCCAUCAAAAAAUAAGACCAAAGGAUGUACCUGGAACACUUUUAAAUAUGGCGUUACUUAAUCUAGGCUCGUCGGAUCCUCAUUUAAGAACUGCCGCAUACAAUCAACUCUGCGCUUUGACCGCCACGUUCGAUUUGAAAAUCGAAGGUCAGCUGUUGGAGACGCAGGGUUUAUGCAUUCCUUCGAAUAACACCAUUUUUAUUAAAUCAGUUUCCGAGAAACUGGCAACCAAUGAACCUCAUUUAACGUUAGAGUUUUUGGAAGAAUGUAUUCAGGGUUUUAGAGUAUCCACUAUAGAGUUAAAACAUUUAUGUUUAGAGUAUAUGACACCCUGGCUGGCUAAUUUAGUAAGAUUCGUUAAACCCAACGAAGAGAAGCGACAGAAACAGGUGGCCCAGAUCCUCGAGCGUCUGAUCGUUCUAACCAUCGAAGAGGUGGAAAUGUAUCCGUCUAUACAGGCGAAAAUUUGGGGUUCAAUUGGACAGGUGCCGGAACUGAUCGACAUGGUCUUGGACAAUUUCAUCCACCGAUCCGUCCACUCGGGUCUGGGCUCGCCUAUGGUCGAAAUCAUGGCUGACACCGCCGUCGCCUUGGCAUCUGCCAACGUGCAGCUGGUUGCCAAGAAGGUCAUCGGCAGACUGUGCAGGGUCGUGGAUAAAACAUGUCAGUCGCCCACGCCGCUUUUGGAACAGCACAUGAUGUGGGACGACAUCGCCAUAUUAGCCAGAUAUUUGCUAAUGUUGUCGUUUAAUAAUUGCCUUGAUGUAGCACGUCACUUGCCAUAUCUCUUUCACACUGUCACGUUUCUGGUGUGUUCAGGCUCUCUGAGCAUGAGGGCCGCAACUCACGGAUUAGUUAUUAAUAUAAUCCAUUCUUUGUGUACCUGUACAACGCCACAAUUUUCCGAAGAGACACAAAGGGUGUUACGCUUAUCGUUAGAUGAAUUUUCUUUACCAAAAUUUUAUUUGUUAUUCGGUAUAAGUAAAGUUAAGUCGGCAGCGGUGACUGCUUUCAGAUCCAGUUACAGACAUCCAAACGAAAGGUGGUUUGGUAACGAAAGAAGUCUCUCUGUCGCCACUACUGAUAGAGAAAGACUGUCCUUGACCUCAUUAGAAGUAAUUACAGACGCUUUAUUAGAAAUUAUGGAAGCAUGCAUGCGUGAUAUACCUGACUGUGAAUGGCUGACCAGCUGGACAAGCCUAGCGAAAAGUUUUGCAUUUUGUUUUAAUCCCGCCUUACAACCAAGAGCAUUAAUCGUAUUUGGAUGUAUAAGUAAGAGUAUAAGUGAUCACGACAUGAAACAAUUGUUGAGGAUUUUGGUGAAGGCUUUAGAGAGUUACAACGACAUUGUUUUGAUUGAAGCCCUGGUCAUGUGUUUGACCAGGCUCCAACCUUUGCUGCGAUCCGAAUCUCCUAUUCACAAGGCCCUGUUUUGGGUCGCCACCUCCGUACUACAGCUGGACGAGGUGUCUUUGUACGCCUCCGGUUUGGCCUUGCUCGAACAAAACCUGCACACCCUAGACUGUCAGGGCAUGUUCGACGAUCGGUCCGACCUGAAGAACAACACCAACCCGAACAUACAACCCAACAUCGUGGGACUCGAGAGCGUGAUGAUGUCCACAAGGGAGCCUCUAGAGUGGCACUUCAAGCAGCUCGACCACGCUGUCGGUUUGAGCUUCAAAGCUAACUUCCAUUUCGCUUUGGUGGGACAUCUUCUCAAGGGGUACAGACACCCCACGCCCACCACCGUGUCCCGCACCGGACGCGUGUUGACCAUGUUGCUUAACAUCGUCUCCAAACCAUCCAAGCGGGACAAGUUCGAAGUGACGCCCGAAAGCGUCGCCUACCUGACCGCGUUGGUGGGCUUCUCCGAGGAGGUUAGGAACCGUUGCCACAUUAAACAUUCGCUGCCCCGUUACAUGUCCGACUCGAUUUCGCAAGAGAACUUUCCGGGACGGUCUCUGCUUAGUCAGAACACGUCGAGCAGUUCGUUGGGGACGGCGAGCACCAUAUCGCAGGGUACCGUCAACAGAAGGCAGAAAUCUUGGGACCUGUUGGACCAGAGUGCGCUUGCGCAAGCCCGACAGCCCAAGCCACCUCCCACCCACCAGAAUCGCAGCGCCAGAGUAUCGGUGAGCAACGAAAACAAUGUACUGUUGGAUCCUGAAGUUCUGACCGAUUUUAAUACUCAAGCUUUAGUUCUCACUGUUUUGGCCACGCUAGUCAAAUACAGUACCGACGAGGCAGAAACGAGAAUUUUAUACCAAUACCUCGCUGAGGGGGCUGUAGUUUUUCCCAAGGUGUUUCCUGUCAUUUAUAAUUUGUUAGAUAUGAAGAUCAACAAUGUUGUAACAAGCUGCCAUGACCAAGUAAUUUUAAGUUCAGUUAGAAGUAUAAUACAGAAUAUGAUAGCGUGCGAGGAUACUAGUCAACAACAGCUGCACUAUUUGCAAAGCUGUGGAUUUGGGGGACUGUGGAGGUUUGCUGGUCCCUUCAACAAGUAUAACAAUACGGCAGAAAGCAGUGAGUUGUUCGUAAACUGUUUGGAGGCUAUGGUGGAGACGUGUCUUCCAACCGAAGAAGUGGAGGGUGAAAACGAGGAGAUGCAACAGUACCCGUCGAUGUUGAGCGUCAGUUCUAACGUUAUGUCAUCUAGUCUGUCGAGCCUCACCCUUGGCUCACCCACUGAAAAGGAGAUCACCAGGGAUUUGGAGGGGGGUAGUUCAACAUCGUUGGGCAGGUCGUCGUUUAGCAAACAGCGUAGCGGUAAAAACAAAACUCACUUACAUUCAGAGAAUUCAUCAAUUCAUAAGUAAAAACAAGGAAGUUGGUACAGUUUUGAUCAAUUCUAUGUAAAAUAUUUUUUUAAUAUUCCACCUUACUAAUUGUAAAAGCAUUUAAUCUUAUAUAAAUAUAUAUUACUAACUAUCCAACUGUGACUGAAAUAUUAAAAUGAAAUUAUUUAUUUUUUUUUAUAUAAUUAUUUAUUUUAUUUUAUUUUUUUUUUGAGAUGUUUAACAUUUAGCAAUCAGUUAUGUUCUCGGUUGCUCUUUAAUCAAAACAUUACGUCUUGUUUCCAGAAAUAAAUUUUUGUUGUUGUAUCUGUUACUUACCUGAUUUUGUACAAUAUUACAUUUCAUAUUAUAACUUGUUAAAGAUUAAUGUGUUCAAUAUAUAAGUUGUGUCUUCUUAUAUUAUAAUUUUAAAUAAAGAUAACUCAAACACUGUAGGCAGAAGUAAAGUGUCAAAUGGUAUAUUAAGGUUUAAAUUCUAAAAUACGUUACCUUAUGAGAAUAUAUUGAGUACAUUGAAUAUAUUUCUAAAAUAAAAAUAAUGUAGGGCUUAAAAUAUUCUACGAUUUUAUCAAUCUUUACAUCCAUAAAGAUUUUGAAAUCUAACUAAGGGAUAUAAAAGCCUGUAAAAAAUAUAAUGCUUAUAUUGAGCCCACUAAUAAUGUAUCGUAAAAUCUUUUGUUAUUGAAUAAUUCAAAUAUUUACAUAAUUUUUGGUUAUAUGAUACAAAUACCUAAAUGUUACUGGUUAUGAAAAGUACCACUUGUUUUUAAAAAUAAGAAAUAUCUGAUGUUAUUAUAUUCUGUUACUUACUAUCUGUUUUAUACAAUAUUUCAUAUUAUAUAAAAUGUUACAGAUUAAUGUGUUCAAUAUAUAAGUUAAUAUUUAAA